AUGGCAAAGGAGAUGAUGAUAGUGUUUGUCUAUGACACACUGUGCUGCACAUCUGAAGAAGACGAUCCAAUUGAUGCAGUCCUCUACUUCCAUCCUGGAUGGGUGUCGGAUACACAGAGGCAUGCACUUGCUGGACAAGUUGUUGGUGUGGCUCACUGCAUUAAGAGUCUCUUCUCGCGGCCAGUCGCGAUCACUCUGCAAAGCGGGAAGUUCAUACUUAGAGAGUACGGCAGAUAUGUGUUGGCAAUUGGCAGUGAUAGAAACAUCCCAGACUGGGUUCUUAAGAACCGUGCUAACCUUCUCACCUCCAUGAUCAAAGUCUACCACGGAGACCUCCAAGUCCUCGCUGGGCAGAUGGAGGACCAGCGUCGCCUCUCUGAGAAGCUGUAUCAAGUAUUCGAGACGUAUCUCCCCGUUCUGCAGUACGGCUGCCAUAUCUUUCAGAGGGUGCCUAUGCUGAGUUUACCGAAGAGUGCCACAUCUAUUUAUAUGGAGUCUAUGCAAAUAUUAGAACACUGCCGGAGGAGCAAAGGCGUCUUAGGAGGGGUCAUCUUGUAUAAUAACAAGAUCAUCUCCACACAACUUCCUGCUGGCUUAACAUCUUACCUCACGGUGGUAGACCCGUACAGAAUAAAGUCGCCAGCUGAGACGUUAGACACGGACACUCCUCUCCCGCUCGGGGCCCAACUCCUGGUUGUCUACGUGGGGAGGAAGGUGUACCACAGCCUCAAGAAACAGGUUGAGAAACUGCAAGAGUUCCAUCAAAACGGGGAGGAGAUGAUCGCUAGGUUUAAAAAGAACCAAGAAGCCGAACGCGAGAAACUCCGCGACUUCCCUCAAAGCGGUAUGAAGCGAGACAAGUCUCUCUUGUUCACCGCAGUACCUGAAGAAGAUCACAGCAUGAUAUCACCCCCCAGCCGAGAAGAGCGCCCCGUAGACGAAGCACGGAAGCCCUCAGUACCAGAUGUAGUGCCAUUCACCAACAAACCACGACAACGACCCACCAAACUGUCCCUUAGUUUUAAAAACCAGAAGUCUUUAGAUGAAGAUAUUGAAGAGAAUGACAAAAUCUUUACUGGACAGACGAGUGUUUGCUCAACACCGAUGGUCGAAUUCAAACGCCUGCACGGUAAUAUGCUGUCUAUAUGUCAAAUACCCGAAAACCAUCAAGAUAAAACGGAACCAGACGUGUUAAAAAACGUGGAAGAUUGUACAAAACUUAAAUUGGAGAAUGAAAAACGGGACAACAAAAUGAUUUUAGACGCCAAUUGUAUUGCUGAUCACUAUAUCAAUAAACCUGAACCAAUGAGGAAGUUGGCGAGCGUGACAGAUCUUCAAGAGACCGUGAAGAAGCUGUCGAAUCGUUCCACUUCGAAAUUUAAACUCAAACGGUCCAAAGAAUCUUUAAACGACGACUCACCUUCAAAAGAACACUUGUCCAAAAACCCUAGCACUAUGACAAUAAAUGACCCAUUAUUUCCUGUAUUUAGAAACGAUGGUAUUGCCAUAUCAGAAUCAUUAUUCAACCAGUAUUUAGAGCAGCAUUAUGCAGAAAUGAAAAAAGAUUCAAACGAAAACAUUUUUAAUUUUAAUAAGAAAUUGUGUGAGCAAGAGAAAUUUGAGGACUUCGAUUCAGAGUUGAACAGAUCGCCUCAGAGGACGCCAAAGAAGUUUAUAAAAGAUUCCUCAAAAACAAUAUCUACGGACCAAUCUAGGAGGCAAUCUUUGUCUCUGCCCUUGAAAUCGCUUAAUGAGAAUACGGAUGCCCAGAUAGGUUCUGACACGGAGACGAUGAGCUUUAAAAAGAAGCUGACUGGAGUGCAAUUGACUCCUCUGAUGGAGAAGUUGAGUCACCUGGCGUUCUCCGACAAGUCUAGUGGGUAUAGCAGUAGAGUAAUGACUCCACUGGAGCUCAGAGAGUUCAUGACGCCCGUGGCUGAGAAACAGAUCAUAUUUUCCGACAGGCCAAAAACACAGUUGCAAGAAUCGGAGAGCGAUGAAGAUUCGGACAACGAACUAGAACUACUGCCGGAGUACAGCAAGCACUCUGUGAAGUGCGCGCUCUUUGUCAGCGGACUGCACAACAUGGCGCUGCUGGCGCUCCUCGAUACUGAGGCCGCGAACGACGCCGAUACCAUCAAUGCUUUAUGGGAAACGUCACUAAACGCGCUAGGUCCUAUAGAACAGAAAUGCAUGGAGCCGCUGGCGGCGGACGCCGACUCCACGGACUACAGCUACCUCACGCUGGACCCGGACUGGGGCACCGUGCGCAAGGGCGGGCCUUGGGCCGCGCUGGAUAUCGCCACUAUGGGCCUCAUACAUAACGAGUUUAGUGAAGACCCGGAGUUAUCUGAAUUUAUACUGAGGAGCGACGAGAGCGUGGUGGUGGGCGCGUCGUGCGGCGGCGCGCACGUGUACUACCAGGAGCGAGCGGCGCGCGGCGCGGGCCCGCCCCCCCCCUCCGACGCGCUGGCGCUGGCCCCGCUGCGCGCGCGCCGCCGCCUGCAGCGCGACCACGCCACGCUGCUGCUCUAG